AUGAUAGAGCUGCAAAAGAUUGCAGGUAUUUGUAAGAGUAAAGCAUAUUUUUCUUCCCCUGGAUACCUUCCACAUCCUGUUUUCUAUGGAUCAGAAGCCAUGCCUUGCUAUUCAUGGGAUUCAGUAUAUUUUAGUGAUGUCUCAAAUGGCAAUACUGGUUCUCAAAAUGGAAAAUAUGGAUCAGCUUCUACUUUUGCCAAGUCCAGUGGUUUUAACUCUAUGAAGUCUAAUGACAAUACUGCUGGCAAAUCCUCUAAGUCUACAAAUACACAAGCAAUCAGACCUUUAAACAAGGUGUCUGCAUUGGGUUCUGAUUUCUCAGCAGGUCUCUCGAAAGGAUACCAUCCUGUAGGAAAUUUGCCUCCUUUUUCUAUCCAAAAACAUGGUCCAUUCCCGCAUAAUUGUCCUAUGAACUAUAAACAGAACGGAAGGAUAUGGAAUGGAAAUGAUAGAAAUAAAUCUGGAGACAGAUUCUAUAAAAACAGUGAUUUUGAAACCUCAAAUGAACUAACUUCUGGUCCUAGGGGCUCUAACAAAUUUCCUUCUCUGGAGACUGCUGUCAAGGAAGACUUGGGAAUCACUGUACAAAGAGAUCAGUAUAACAAACCAGAAUUUGAAACGAAGUACGCAGAUGCUAAGUUCUAUGUUAUCAAAUCUUACAAUGAAGAUGACAUUCAUAAGAGCAUUAAAUAUGAUGUAUGGGCAAGCACUCCAAAUGGCAAUAAGAAGUUAGAUGCAGCAUUCCAUGAAGCAGAACAGAGAUCUUGA